UGAUCAUAUAGCAACAAAGGAGGUUGCUAGAUAAGUUGAGAGGAUGUAAUGACGUUCAUUGCCGUAAAGGACCGUCUGGAGCGCUUCAGGUUCAAAGACGCAGAAAAACAUCAGGCAUUCGCUGUGUGUGUGUGCUUGUGGAGGGCAUUCCAUAACUUGAAGCGUGCUGGACGUUAAGCAGCAGUUCUUUUUCAUCUCAUAGUUUUUUUCUUGCACACGGUCGGUGACGAUCAGUUUCAGAACCUGGUCGAUUCGAACUUGCACUCAACGAGAACCUUCCCCGCAAAAGGUUUUCGUACAUGAGACACCUUGGUUUUCACACACUAACUAAUGUGCAUCCGGGGUCUCUCGUGCGGGUCUUCGGCGAUUGACCCCUUGCAGUUGCCCACUGCACUUGGUCAAGUGUUAUUUUUGCAAGAGUUGGGUCCAGACAGCAUUGAUACGAUGCUCCCAACGCCCUCGAAGCUGAAUGGACGUAAACUCGAGGGAUUUUUUUGCGCAACGUCCACUGAAUUGGUUGACAUGGUCAUGAAGAUCCAUCCAUAUAUGACUCCGGAUUGAGGAGAGACUGCAACUGCUUGCACGUCUCCAGACUUUCAAUGGUUAAUUUCAUGUCACAGGAUUGCCACUUGCUUGGGCGGGUAAGGCUUAAGAUCAGGGGAUCGUUGAAAUCCUCGCCAUGUCGCUACCUGGGCAGAUGAAUGCUGCCAUGGAGGUCCCAAGUGAUCCUGCGCCUUGCAUUGCUCCGUCCAUCCCGUCAUUGAGUACAAUUCAAGCCGAAGUGGACCGGAUCUCGCACAAGGUGGAUGCUUGCCUUGCGGAGAUUUUAACUUUGAAAACCAAAGGUGGAACAACUUCACAAGCUGUUCGUGGCACCUUCUUCGACACUUAUCGACAGAAUGAGGAGGCCAUGAAGGAGUCCUCCAAGGGGUUUCGUCCGCUGGGGACGUUCUUCGCACCGUCGGAAGGUAGCCUGCGCACCGCGGGCGAUUCGUCCGACGCCCGGGAUGUGCGGGGCAGCCCGAGCUCGGAGGAGUCGCAGCGCGUUCCGCGGCAGUUGGCCGCUCUCCGGCAGAGCUACUCUUCAACGCCGGAGGAGUCGAAGGCACCCAGGAUUGCCGUCCGCGCAGGUGGUAUUGACUUGGAGAGUGCCUGGAAGCUUCAUGCAAAGCAGAUGUAUGAAGGCAUUGAAGAGGUGGACUAUGUCCAGCCAGUGAUGCGGCUAGUGCAUCGGACUCGGCUCGAGAAUCUCUGGGAGUUUUUGGAGGAUCCUGACUCCAGUAGAUUGGCGUGGUGGACUUGGAACUUCUUGAAGGUCUUGGUGGUGAUCUCCAUGUUGGUGAGCUCCAUCGAAGCCGCCGAGACGCCUAUGAUGAACCUGGUGGCCGUGGCAGUGUGGGAGACCAUCUUGGACUCCAUCUUUCUCCUGGAGACGAUCCUACGGGUGAUCUCGAGCCCCUCCAAAAAGGCGUAUCUGGUGGACUCCCUCAACUGGGCAGAUUUGCUAACGGCCUUUGGACUGCCCUUGCGCAUCAGCAUUGGCUUCGUGAUCGAUCCCACAGUGCCCAAAGAGGAUUGGAAAGAAACCAUUUCAGUGAUCCUCUUGCUCUUCCUGCCGUUGGUCCGCUUUUUGAAGCUCCUGCGCUACUUCGAGGCCUUGCGGCUCCUGAUCGACGCCUUCGUGAACUCCGCAGAGAGCUUGCCGGUCUUGGCCUACAUCUUGUCCCUCAUCGUGGCGUUCGGGUCCACCUUCAUCUACCUCUUUGAGGAGCGGAGCAACAUUCCCAGCCUCCAACAUUCCACGUGGCUGGCCAUCGUCACGAUGACGUCGGUGGGGUACGGUGACUUAUUUCCCACGACGCUGGAAGGCUAUAUCACCGUGUCCUUGCUGACGUUCACCAGCGUCCUCUUUGUUGCGCUGCCUAUUGGAAUCAUCGGCUAUGAGUUCACGAACAGUUGGCAGAACCGCGUCAAAGUGCUUCUCAUCAACAAGACGCGGAAAUGUCUGGAAAAGUGGGGUUACUCUGCUCGGGAUGUGAAGGUCUUGUUCGACUAUGUGGAUGUGGAUGGGGAUGGAAGCCUGAACCUCUCGGAGUUCAUCGAGCUCAUACGACAGAUGCGCAUUGGGAUCAGUGUUGAGAAGGCUUUUGACAUCUUCAGCCUUUUUGAUGACGACCAGAAUGGCUCGCUGGAUUGCAUCGAGUUUUUGCGUCAUGUCUUCCCUGAAGAGUAUGUGAAGAAUCAGCAAGAGAGCGAGCUACUUUUUUGGAGCGGGGGAGAUCCAGUUCUUCCCCAUGAAAGCGACCACGGGAGUUCCCCAACCUCCGACAGCUCGUCGGGUUGAAAACGCCUUGCGUUCGUCGAGGUGGCGAAUUCGAUGAGAGAUCGCCUCAAGAGUGCCGAAGGGAGCCAGACGCCCAUCCGCAAGAGUCGGGCGGUGGCCACGAUGGCUCUUCAACAGUUGGAAGCCUUUCAGCAGCAGAGCCCACCAUGACGACGAGUUCGCCUGCCGAGUUCGGCUCCCGACGUCGGGAGACGUGACCGGACCGCCUUCAGCGGCGUGACCGGGGAAGGGACGCUCAGAAAUGGCUGACAGGCUGACAGUACAGUGGACCAAUGAGAAGGGUUUCUGAUAUUCUCCGAGGGUUGCAGGUUGGUGGUUGGUUUAAGUGUUCGUUAUUGGUGUUGGUUGGUUUGUUGCUUCAUUGGUUGCCUGGCUUGGCUUGUUGACGACUACGCCACCUUGCUCUGUGGGCUUGGCUUGUUGCUUCUUUUUGACCACCAGCGCCCAUGCGCCACCCAUGCGCCGCCCAUGUGCGCAAAAGGAGGUAUUCUCACGCUAUGGUUUAAUAUUUGCAGGUAUCGACAAAGGUGACAAAUGUAUGCAUCAAUGAUGCAGUAUUGGGCUCACUUACAUUGUCAAGCGCGAUCUGGGAGAGUGUCCAGUCACCUUUUGUUUUAACUGGUCCACAACUUGAGGUGGUGCAUCAGGGAUUUGAAGCAGGCAGUCAUACUGCACUUGAGUCAUUGUACUUUUGUGGCGAUAAAAAACAGAGUCCAAAGCACUUAUUGCUUUUGGAAGAUCUAGUGUUUUGCACUUCCUGACGACAAGAAACAGGCAGGCAUCUUGGGACAAGCGAGUCGGUGACCGCGUGUUUGUCAACGAGCUAGCUAGACUUCUUCCCUAGGUUGGAUGAAAAGGGUCAUAGGAAGUGCUGUCCUGUGCUAGUUGCAAUAAUUGCUGGCUUUUAUUUCGCUUGCUUGUUUGGUUCUUAGUGGUCAAUUUGCUCUUUUUGUCCUUUUGACUUUGGUUGUUGUUGCUGGCGUUGCUGAAUUCUGCUGCCGGUUGCUGUGAAGAUGGUGGUUGGUCGACGCUCGCGGGGUGGCGUUGAGGUUUGCCCUGUGCACCGCAGUUGUUCACCACUUCCAGGCGGUUGUACCAGCGUCCGGUGCUGCUAUAAGCUACUAGGAACAAAUGCC